GCUUCUUUGAGUUCGAGUGACGCUGUGCCCCUUGCAGGCAAAUCAUCAGGAAAGUUGCGGCUGAAAUUUGAACGAGAGGAGUUUCAAAUGUCAAAAUAUCUGCGUGAGAGUAAGGAAUGGCUGGAAUCUCGGGUAACGGGAAGCUUCGUCAGUGGCUAAUUGAGCAGGUGGACGGGGGGAAAUACCCCGGGCUCGUGUGGGAGGACCGGGAGAAGAGCACGUUCCGUAUUCCGUGGAAACACGCCGGCAAACAGGAUUAUAACCGCGAGGAAGACGCGGCGCUCUUCAAGGCCUGGGCGCUGUUUAAAGGCAAAUAUCGCGAAGGCAUCGAUAAACCGGAUCCCCCGACAUGGAAAACGCGCCUCCGUUGCGCGCUCAACAAAAGCAACGACUUCGAGGAGCUGGUGGAAAGAAGUCAGCUGGACACCUCCGAGCCCUAUAAAGUUUACAGAGUCAUCCCAGAGGGCACCAAGAGAGUGUCCUGUGAGAGGACGUCCACAAUAACAAGCUCUCACAGCUUCCCACUGUACCCAGCAUACACAUCUCUGCAGAGUCAGGUUUCUAACUUCCUGUCUCCAGCUGAGAAAGGAUGGAGAGAUUUACCAGAACAACCUCAAUUUCCAGAUUUCUAUUAUCCCUACAGUCCAAACUCGUACACCGCGUCCUGGGACCCAGUUGGUUAUCAGAUCAACAACUCAUUCUACAGCUGCAGUGGUUUUGACCCUUCAUCAUCUACCUUUAACUUUGAGCAAAGCAUGAGAUCUGCAGCUUUCUCUGAUCCCAGACUGCAGGUGUCUGUAUUCAGUGGGGAUUCUCUGAUCAGGGAGGUGACGGUGUGCAGCACAGAGGGCUGCAGGUUGGCUCCUUAUGAAGAGAACCAGAAUUACGGAGGCCCUGAACUGGUGCAGCUUCCUCAGUUUGAAGACACAGAGCUGGAGCGUGGUGUAUUGAUAUGGAUGGCUCCUGAUGGACUGUGUGCCCGGAGGCUCUGCAAUGCCAGGGUCUAUUGGGAGCUAAUGCCCAACACCAACGGGGAAAAACCUAAUAAACUGGAAAGGAACCAAACCAGCAAACUCCUGGACAUCCAGCAGUUCAUGGCAGAGCUACAAGGCUAUUAUCUACAGGCACGGCCUCCUCCUUGUUUCCAGGUGCUUUUGUAUUUUGAGCAGUGCCAUGAUGUCCACGCUCACAGGAGGCCCUUAACAGUGCAGGUGGAGCCACUGUUUGCUCGCCAGUUGUUCAUUCUGAGUCAGCAGAGCAGCACACACCACAUGAGGGCCCCUGAUACCUCCCCACUGAUGUGGGAACAGAUGCCUCCUUCUCAGCAGAACAUCUACACAGGGAGCUCCCAUCAGCAUGACACCCUGCAAGACUAAAUACCAUGUAACACACAAGUGAGAAAGUGACAUUCCAUUAUGCUUGCUUGAUUGCAUUAGGAGAAAAUAUAAUUAUGUACGUCUACAGGAGAUACUGUGAGAUUGUCUACCAGGAGUGAGAUUCUUUAAUUACUUUUGUUUUUUCUGUAGUAGCAUUAUUGUAGUUCUAUGGCAUCUCAUGGACAAUGCAUGCUUAGACUUGCUGAUUUGUUUAGAUUCUUACUUACUGCACUGAAGGAUAAGUUUGAAGAUGUAGAAAUAUUGUAGCUUAAAGGAGAUUUACUAUGUUCUAAAAUGAUUUGAUGAUCAUGAUGUGUAGCGAUCUUUUUUGUAAUUAAUUUAAAGCAUUGUCA